GAACCCACUGGCAGCUUGUUGGUUUGACGAUGAGCGGUGUACUGGAUACUAAGUGUUUUGCUGUUCAAGUCAGACUAACGUUGUUGGAUGACAAUUCCCAGUUUUAUUCGAUAACUGUGAAAACAAAGGUUGGAAAAAUACUGAACAGUAUUGUGACUCAUCUUAAAGUAACCCAUCCACAGUAUUUUGGGAUUAAAGUCCAAGAUAGAAAGCACAAUUGGUCAGCAUUGGCUUCAUCUCCAGAAAAGCAUAUUGCUGCAGAUGAAAUUACUUGAUAGUCCACCAAUCGUAGAACAAUCUGUAAAUAAUCGUACACCGAACCGUCAGGACUUUCAAUGUGUAACAUCAAAAAAUGUUAUCCCAAUAGAAUCACAACCAACAGUCAGUUUAACUGAAAAAUUGAUUUCCUCAUUUCGUACAUGUGGUCUAAAAGCAUGCUCUUCAACAAGAUCUGAAUUCCCGAAUGCUUAUAUCAAAGAUUUGCGUAAACCACUUACUUUAAUCUAUCAAGCCUAUCUUGGGAUAAAGUACUAUCCUGCUGAUCCAACAAUUAUCGCGGAUGAACAAACAAGAUAUCAGAUUUUUAUACAAGUUCGAAAUGAUUUAAUCAAUGGUAGAAUGCAAGUUGAUGAAAACUUAUUUGUAACAUUAUGUGGAUUGAUUCUGCAAUCUGAUUGUGGUGAUUAUGGUGCUGAUCGAUUGGGACCAAAUUAUGUCAAGCAGUUGUUGAAACUUCCUAAUUUGAAUGAUCAAUUAGAGAAAAGAAUCAAGGCUAAACAUGAAGAAUGCAGGUGUCGUCAACCAGCUUUAGUGGAAUAUCAACUUCUCGAUAAGGUUAAACAACUUCCAACUUAUGGUCAAAUAAAAUUUCAUAUUAAAGAAACGAUAUCUAAUACACCAGGCCUAUUGUGUUUAGGACCAACUGGUGUUAUUAUUGAAGAUUCACGGAGAAAUUUAAUUCAGUUCUCAUGGCCUCAAAUUACUGGUUUCGGUCAUAGGAAUAAACAGAUUUUAAUUAAAAUAUUAAAUGAGGGUACACGAUUCACUUAUCGUUGCUCUGUGGAAGAUUCAGAGACAUGUGAAAAUUUACUGGAAAUUUGUAAGAAUUAUUUAAACUUUUAUAGAAAUGAAAUAUCUCAAAGAAUAAUUAAUGAACCACAUCAAUUAGUUAUCAAUACAACAGUAUGCCCUUCAACAUCUACUGUUCAGCCGUUAUACUAUGUUAAUUCUUCAUUAGAUACAAGCGGUUCAGCGAUUGUUACAAAUGAACCUACUCUUCUAUCAGAUUCUAAGUAUCCAGUACGUCUAACUGAGUCUAUUCAACCUGUAUCAAGUGAUUAUCAACCAGAGAAUGUUAGAGUUAAUCGAAAUAUACGACCAUUAUAUUCUAGUCUGAUUGAAUUCACUCCAGUUGGCGGUAAUGAAAUGAAACCAUCAUAUCUACUAAAUCCUCAUGUAAAUCAUACUACUACUACUACUACUAUGUGUCCAACAACUGUAACUACAAAUCAAUAUCAUCCUUAUUGGUUUGAUGUAAAAAUGGAUAAUUAUGAUUGUCAGCAUAAUACUAUUAUGCCUAUAAAUCCAUAUCAUGUACGUGGAACAGGUAUGGUAUUUCAUCGUCCAAGAGGCUGUGAAACUGUUACAGAUAUUGGUGAUCGUCCACAUAUAUAUUCAAAUCGUCGUUCACAUAAUGGUCGUUGGAUUAUAAAUGAUACUAAUGAAUAUAGAUUAAAACAUCGUAGAAAAUCAUUUCCAAAAACUAAACAUUAUUUUAUUGAAGAAAAUAUUGAUGAACAUGAAACAUUAUCAGAUAAUAUUAAUAAUGAAGAUUAUUAUCAUCUACAUACAUCUCAUUCAAAAUCAUUGGUUAAAUCACCUAGAUGUCAAGAAUUUUAUCACCCUGAUACUAAACCAAUUUCUUCAUCAUCAUUUAAAGUUAAUCAAAAUAAUCGACAUAGUCAACCAUCAACUAGUAUUAUUCAUCGAAUAAAUAUGCCUGAACAUCGUAAUCCUAGUAGAAUUCUACCACGUCCAGUUAGUCGAUUAAAUAGAUAUACAGAUAGAUAUUCAUCAUCGAAUACUUCUCAGGAUACUGAUGAAAAUGAUGAAAUACCUCAUUAUCAUUUCAAUGAACCAUUAACAUCUGUUAUCAAUGAAAAUAAGACAAUGAAUAUUACCCAAUCAUCUAUAUUAGAUCAUUUAACAAGUAGAAAUAAAUCAGAUAUGAAAAGAUAUGAAAUUAUUCAAGAACCUGAAGAUAUUUCUGUAAGAAAUUAUUCAUUGAAUUCAUCAAGACGACAAAUAAAUGAGAAAAACACAAAUGUUUGUUCACCACGUUCAUCAUUGGUGAAUAAAUCAAAUGUAUAUCAUAAUUCUCAUGAACUACAAAUGAAAUCAAGUAAUAAUCAGUCAAUUUCUCAGCGGUAUAAUCAUGAUGGUAGAAAAUCAGUACAUACUAUCGAUAAUAAUCCCAAUACUAUUCGAUAUUAUCAUGAUAUAAAUGGAUAUGUUAAUGAACAAGAAGACGAUGAAGAAGGAGAAGACAGUACAAAUUGUAGAAAAGAUUCAGAUGGAGAAGAAGGACAAGAAGAUUAUAUGGAAACAUUCAAUGUGAAUCAAUAUACUCCUGCUACUAGAACUAUUAGUACUACUACUACUUCUACUACUUCUACUACUGCUACUACUACUACUACUACCACUACUUCUACUACGGAUACAUCAUUCUGUUCAUCAUCAAUGUAUUGUCCAGAGGAGAGUCAAACACCUAGUCUACUAAAAAAUUCUGAUAUAAAUUCAGAAUUAUGUAAUGAAUCAUUGUGUACAUCUAUAAAUGAUUUCAAAUUGCCACCAACACCAAAUUCACCAAUAUUGAAUGAUCAUCAAGGCAAUGCUACUGUAUCGGAAUGUAAUGAAGAAGGUAGCUUUGAUGUUAAUCUUCCAUCUCCACCAUCGAAUGAUUUUCUGUUUCAAUUAAAAAAUUGUAAAUUAAUCAAUUAUAAUAAACAAUCAAAUCAUACAGAUAACUUUAAAACUAGAAAUCCUAAUUUAACUCUUAUUGAAAAUGUAAGCAAUGAUACAGGAUUUUGUUCACAUAAUGAAAAUAAGCAUAGUCGUCGAUUACCUUUACUACCCUAUGAAAGAUAUAUUGAAAAAGUAAGCAAUUCUAAACAAUUCAUUAUAACACCAAUAAAUAAUCGAAAAAUAAUACCAACAACAAUAGAAUCAAUACGUAUUAAUCAAUUAAAAAUGAUACCAUAUUUAUCACCAAUUUCAUCAUUAAAAUUAUCAAAGAGUAUUGGAAAUCAUCAAAGAAAAUCAUCUAUUGAACAUGUUCAAUAUGUCAGUAAACCAGAGUUUAUAUCACAUCAUGAUCAAAUAUCAGGAAGUGACCUUGUCUAGCCAAUUUAUCAUUAUUAUUAUUAUUACUACUAUUAUUAUUAUUAUUAUGUAUAUGCAUAUACUCCACUGUGUGUGUGUGUGUGUGUGUGUG